GGAGUGACCUGAUCAUGUUCUCCAAUCCAUCUUGAAUGGCACGUUGCUUACGUAUCUAUGAUCACGAAAUCUCACUUAUCUCGAAGCCUCGAGAGACGCGACCGUCGCAGCUCCGACAAUAUCAGCGCUCACCCGAUCGGAGAUGCCGCCAAGACGCGUCAACCACGACGCAUACAGAGUGGGCUGGAUAUGCCCGCUGGAGGUAGAACAGAUCGCUGCGAUGGAGAUGUUGGACGAAGAGCACGAACCUCUACCACAAAAGCCGGCAGACCACAACGUCUAUAAGCUCGGCAGCAUCAACAACCACAAUAUCGUCGUCGCGGGUCUCCCCCAGACUGGUAACUGCUCUGCAGCCACGGUCGUUACCCAGAUGAGGAUGACAUUCCCCAACCUCAGAUAUGGCCUAUUGGUUGGUAUUGGAGGUGGUGUACCGGUACAGACGGACAGCGGGAUGAUUCGGUUAGGCCAUGUGGUGGUGAGCAAACCGACGGGCAUACACUCUGGGGCAGUACAAUAUGACCAUGGAAAGGCAAGGGAGGGUCACUUUGAACGGACCGGUGCUAUUGCACCGCCACCGCCAAUCCUCCUCAACGCUGCACAAACCCUGGCAGUGCAACGAGAAAGAUUGGACCAUGAUCCCAUCUGGGAGGAUGCGCAGAGAACCCAAAAGAGCCGCCGAACUAUUCGACGUUUCAGGUUUCCUGGCAUUGCGAAUGAUCACCUGUACCACCCAAACUACAUUCAUCAGCAGCCAGGGCAAUCCUGCGAUGAAUGUGCAUGUGCUCCGGAGCAGCGAAUCGACAGACAGAUUGAUGAGGGCGACGAGUCCUUUAUUGUUGUACACCGAGGUACAAUAGCGUCCGGGGAGCUGGUGGUCAAGAGUGCUGCACUGAGGGAUCGCUUAGCAGAGCAGCAUGGGCUACUAUGCUUUGAGAUGGAGGCAGCAGGAGCGCUUGCCGAUUUCCCAUGCUUGGUCAUCCGUGGCAUCUCAGACUACUGCGAUAGCCAUAAGAAUGACCAGUGGCAUGGCUAUGCAGCAGCAGCGGCGGCCGCCUAUGCAAGACAGCUAUUCUUUCACCUGCCUGAGGAAGAGACGCAGAGAGACUGCAACACGCAAUUUAAUUUAGCCGCUUUCCAACUCCCGAUCAAUUUGUCCGAGAUCUUCGAAGUAACCCGGUUCGUGGCAAGAGAAGAAGAGCUGAGCCGAAUACAAGACAUUCUUAAAGGGACUAUCGGACGCCGUACUGCUAUCCUACAUGGGUUAGGUGGUAUUGGCAAGACGCAGCUUGCGAUUGCAUACUUCAAGCGACACCGUACGGACUACUCAACAGCGAUAUGGUUGAACGCGAGAGACGAAACGAUAUUGAAGCAAAGCUUUGCUCGCAUUGCUGAGCGGAUCAUGCGCCACGACCCAUCCAUGACGUACGUCUCUGGUGCGGUGGAGAGCCGAGAUGCCGACAGAAUUGUGGGAGCGGUUAAACGGUGGUUAGAUGAACCGGCAAAUGAUCACUGGUUACUCAUUUACGACAAUUACGACCGCCCAAUGUUGACCAGCACGAAUGCCAUAAGGAGUAGACAACCGGACUUGUCUGAGGAGGACCACACUGACGAAGCAGCGAAAAAUCACCGGGAUCACGCCGACCCAAAGGCUUUCGAUCUUCGCCAAUACCUACCUGAGACAGAUCAUGGCGCUAUUAUCGUGACCUCGCGGUUAUCGGUAAAACUGGGACAGUCUAUCCAACUGGGCAAGUUGAAAGAUAUCAGUGAUAGUCUGGAGAUCUUGGCGUCUGCUUCUCAUCGUGAUAGCAUCAAACGAGACCCCGCCACGCAUGACCUCGCACUACGACUUGAUGGACUACCCCUUGCUCUUGCGACAGCUGGAGCGUACUUGGAACAAGUGUCAAUGACCUGUACUGAAUAUCUCCAAUUGUACGAUCAAUCGUGGCUGCAAUUGCAUAAAGAAGCCCCGCAACUGCCAUCAUACGACCAAACCUUAUACUCGACAUGGGGUAUUUCAUACAAGCACAUCGAGCAACAAAGCCCGAUCGCAGCCAUGCUUCUCCGACAAUGGGCUUAUUUCAGCAAUCAAGAUUUAUGGUAUGAGCUUUUGAAAGAGGGCGGAGUGGAUGGGCCAGGGUGGCUUACCGAGAUGACGAACAAUAAGCUCCAGUUUCAUGGAAUCAUGAGAAUAUUAUGUAGCCACGGGCUUGUUGAGGCUGAUCCACCUACAACAGUCCAGCAGGCGGAGUCACGAGGGUACAGCGUGCAUGGAUGUGUCCAUUCGUGGAUGAUACAUGUGCUGAAUCGGGAAUUCGAUGAAGAUAUGGUUCAAACAGCGAUUCGUUGCGUGGCAUCGCAUAUACCGGGGCAAGAUCAGAGAGAGUAUUGGGUUAAGCAGCGGCGGCUUCUCGCGCAUGCGGACAGAUGCCUCGAGACGAUGAGAGGAGCGGCACUUGAGUAUGAAGCUGCGGUGGCUUUGGGCUUACUGGGCAAUCUCUAUGCAGACCAAGGCCGGCUUCAGGACGCCGAGGCGAUGUACCAGCGAGCACUGGAUGGCAAGGAGAAGGCAUGGGGACCAGAUCACACAUCGACACUCGACACAGUCAAUAACCUGGGCCUUCUCUAUGCAGACCAAGGCCGGCUUCAGGAUGCCGAGACGAUGUACCAGCGAGCACUGGAUGGCUACGGGAAGGCAUGGGGGCCAGAUCACACAUCGACACUCGACACAGUAAAUAACCUGGGCAAUCUCUAUAAAGCCCAAGGCCGGCUUCAGGAUGCCGAGGCCAUGUACCAGCGAGCACUGGAUGGCAAGGAGAAGGCAUGGGGACCAGAUCACACAUCGACACUUGAUACAGUCAAUAACCUGGGCGCUCUCUAUGCAGACCAAGGCCGGCUUCAGGACGCCGAGGCGAUGUACCAGCGAGCACUGAAUGGCUAUGAAAAGGCUCUAGGACCUACUUUAGUAGCGACCUAUAUCCCUGCCUUAAACACACUGGAGAACUUUGCUACUCUUUGCGUGGAGCUUGGCUGGGUGGAUGAAGCCUCGUUAUAUUAUCGGAGGGCACGGAACGGGGUCGAGGCCGUUUGGGGGCGAGACAGCCAAAGAUAUGCGCGCUUAUCGACCAGGAUGAACUCCGUACCGUCUCAUCUUUCGCAUGGUUGAGGUUUAAAAAGUAAAGAUUAGGAGAACGGAAUACCUUGAGCCAGUCCAAGAACGGCGGUCGUGAGUACAAGCCACUGGGACAUGCCUGAAGUGCCUUGCCCUAAGAAGGAUCUACAGUAGUCGUUUGCUUGCUUGUGAUUCCCUGUGUGGAUCAGUCCGUCGCUCUUAGCGGCCUGAAGUUCUUCUCGAUGCUGUGGAGGAGUUCAAUCUCUAGAUGGGCCUUCUGUGCGGGGUCACGGUUCCUAGCUCUGCUUGUGCACGUGUUGCAUAAAACUUAAAUAUGAUUGGUGGAAGCAGCUUUUGCUAUCCAACUUGAGCACUGUGGGCAUUGAUGACUUCCGGAUUAAUAUUCUACCGUCAUCCACCAUUGGUAAGCUAGGCCGCGAUACAAUCCUGGCGC